GGUAAGUAGAAGUCGCUCCCCUCUACUUGCUAUCUUUCCUUGUGUUUGUUGUUGUCCCUGUAUGUUGUUUGUUUCAUGUGUAUUUUUCCUGAGCACACGCACAUAAUCUUUUGCUGUGUAAAUAAUCAAUAGCAUGGCCGCGUGAUGGUCAUUGAAGCCGAUACCCCAGGGUCCCGAACUGUGGACAUGAAGCUAAAGAUCCGAGCACCCAUCGACAAGGUGCGCGAGGCGAUUCAACCAAAGAGCAUUACGCAUCCGGAUCUAGGGCAUGGGCAGUUGGCGGAGGUGUGGGUCGAUGUGUCAGCGAUGACACAGACGAUCAGAGACCAGGUUCGGAAGUGGAAGUGUGCGAGGGUCGAUGUCGAGAUCGUGUACCCAAUUAAACGGAAGGAAAGAAAGGAGCCCGAGGGAUUAAGUGAGGGCGAAGGAGGAGAAGAAGGAGAAAAUGGCGACAAGGACGAGGAAGGUGGUGACGAGAGGAAUGGAAGAGGAGGCGGAAGAGGAGACAGUGAGACAGGGUUGAUGGGGAAUGUUAUCCAGAGUACGGGUUCUUUGAUCGUACAAGUACAUAAUAGCCGUGUGUCCGUCAACUUGCCCAACUGGGUGUUCCGGAACAAGUUGUCAUUGUCGAGCACGGACAAGGGCGGAGAAAUUGAACUUUUGAGCGCGGCAAGCACGGCGCUGACAGAGCUCAAACUUGAAGAAGGAGAGAUCUCUGGCAGAUUGGCAACCCUGCACACAGUGCGUGCAAAGGUCACGGAUGCCGAAGGUAGGAUUCAGUUGGAUAUUGAUGGGAACGAUAAGCGAAUAUUCUCGGGGUCAGGGUUAAGGCCGAGGAUGGUGGCGAAUACGACGAUGACGAUGACGGCGACUGCAAGAAGGAAUGGAACGGUGAUGAUGGCCGGUGGUGAUCCUGCGAUAGAAGCAGAGCCAGAAGAAGACCCUGCGCAGGCGCUGGAUUUGGCGGCUAUGACGGCCGGCGGUGGACCUAUUCAAGUCCAAGUCUUCACUCCAAUCGCGUAUCAGGGUCGAUUCAAUCUAAUGCACGAAGGCGAGCGACAGUUUCGACGUAGUUCGAACGACGUGCCGGUCGUUUACACAGUCAAGAACAGGCACCAGCUAACGGGAUAUAUGGCAAUGGGUCGCAAGGAACCAACGUUGCUGCUGCCAAAUGUUGACAUCCAGGCUCGAGGAUUUAGAAGUGGAAAUGUAUUGCUGGAGUUUAUUCACAGGUCGCCGCCAAGGUCUGGAGGAAUGAGGAAUGGGGUGCCUGUGCAGGUGUAUGGUCUUGUCGUAGUGGCAUUUAUUGUACAGCUGCUCGGUGCGUUUUUGUGAUGUGGAGACCGCAGCAAGGCGUAAAGGAAAGAGCGUGAGAAAUAGCCAUGACAGCAUGGGCCAUGUAUGUAUUGACCUUUAACCAAGGAAUAUUCAGAGUAACCCUCCCCAAGGCGUAGUAAAAGAGAAAACACGUAUCCAGAAGCGGCAGUUGAAAUAAGACGGGUUUGAAACAAGAGAGUUUGUCCGCCUGUUUCUUUCUCCACAGGUCGUCGGGAGCCUCUUCUCUCGGAAAAGUUCUCUCAUUCUCACACCCUUUUUUCCUUUUCUCCAUUCCAUCGCUCUUCUUCUCAUCCAAUUCACAUCCACUUCUGCAUC